ACCUUUCUGGUUUGCUGAACAAUUAAAAUCUAAUUGGUCGAAGGUUUCACGUUGUCUACAGAGUGAACCUGAAACUUUCGAGCUUGUGUGGUUUACCUGCUUUCGUUUACCUAAUCCCACGAUGACGUGAGGGAAUUAAUCAACCUCCGGUCUUAUAAGCAACCUCGAAAAGGAAUUAUUGAAGGAAAUUUGGGAAAACAGUGGUGGGGACUACCUCUGUAGCACAUGAAGCAUCUUUGUCAACGAAGCAUGAAGACUUUUCAACACCUUUACCAUGUUUUCUUUAAGAUUCUCAUUCCAACAACUGAGGCAUUUCAAAGAUGAGCUUUAUCUUUCACUACAGCUGCAGCUGUUCUUAGAUCAUUUUCUUCCCUUUUCUUCCCUGGGAAGGCUUUGUACAGUUCAGACAAAGGCAUGGCUUUUUCUGCUCAGGCUGAGGAGGAGCUUCCCGGGAUUGAAUUCAUUGAGUCAAAGAACAUUCUUCUUCCCGGAUCUAGUCUGGCCUCUGUCGAAUCCUUGUCCAUGCCUCUUGUUCAGGAAAUUGUUCUAUCUGCAGAUAUUAGAUGUGCACGGUGUCAAAAGAGAGUGGCAGACAUAAUAUCAAGGAUGAAAGAAACAGAGUCCGUGUUGGUUCAUGUGUUGGAGAAGAAGGUGACACUCACCUGUCAAUACCCUGGUGCUGUCGAACUACCUUCCAAACAAGCUCCUGCCAUAUACCGGAAACCUUUCAACAAAAUUGCCAUGAUUAAGAAAAUUUUUCGCUCUUCCCACAGUUGAAAACAUGCCAAGAAAUUAUAGCACAGAAUUUUUCAUGACAAAGUUAUAUGUUGGAUUUGUCAUGUCCACUUAUAUGCAUAGAUAAAUAAUACUUGUGGACAUUGUACAGAAACCAGUGAAAAAUGGUUGGAUGUUUCUUUGUCUUUGUUAAUUUUUCUUAUCUUCCAGGCAAAUCAAAGUUAUUAGUUAUCUUAAUUUUCCUGCAACAGAAACCUUUGUAAAUAAGAAACAGGAAACCGAGAUAAUAAACCAAGAAUGGCAUAACACUGCCCUCUUUCUUAGUCUAAGCAGAAUCAGAUUCCCAAAUGAGGCGGCUGAGUUUCCAUGACAUAAUUUAUGUUCCACAAACUUUGUUUUUCUGUGAAAGAAAUCAUAUCAAUUUUC